CCGACCUGCCUGGCUUGCUACAAGUUUGACAGCGGCGAUGUCCCCAAGGUGCUGGACAAGUACCAGAACUGCGGCCCCAGCCAUCACCUGGCGGUGAAGGAGAUCAAACAGCGAGACGAGGCGGAGUGCCGGGCGGUGGAGGAGGCCGGCAAGCCGUCGGACGCGCUCUACCUCCCCGGCAUGUUCGCCUUCUCCAAGGGGCUGCCAGCCUAG